AUGAUUGGAAGUAAUGAUUUUGAAAUCUUCCCUCAUAGACUGCUAAAUAUGAUGUUUCCUGCUUAUGCAUUUAGUGCUGCGGCCCCAUCAACAGCUUGGCCAGCGUUACUGCCACCGCUUCAACCCAUAUCGCCAUAUGGUCCUGCUCGAAACGAUAUGGGUUUUGAUUGUGUAAGUGCUCGAAAAUUUAAUGAGCAGAACUGUCAUGCUUAUCUAACACCAUAUUCCAAUGAUGCUAUGGAUGACAGAAGUAAACGCAAGCAGCGUCGUAAUCGAACGACAUUCAAUCAGCAACAACUGACCGAACUUGAAGCAGCUUUUCGUAAAUCGCAUUAUCCUGAUGUGUUCGCACGAGAAGAGCUUGCUACGAAAAUAAAUUUACCAGAAGCCAGAGUACAGGUGUGGUUUCAAAAUCGUCGGGCGAAAUGGCGAAAAACAGAACGUGAUGAUCAGAAAUUAAAUCACUGUAAUGAUCAGCAUGGAACUGUUGCAUCUAGUAUACAGCUGAGUGAAUCAGACUUGAUUUCAUCAUUAGCUUCAUCUCCUCCUUCGUUGUCAACAGCUUUAAGCCAAUUUUGUUCUAUCAGAACAUUAACAGCGCCAUAG